CGCCGUGCGGCCCGCAGUGGACAGCGAGUGGGCGCCGCCCGGGAGGCAUGGCGGGCCGCCGGGCGCCAGGAGAGAAACGCUGGCAGCUGGUGCGCUGGUAUGUGCAGGAAGGGCGGUUCCGAAUCGAGGAGAGGACGCUGACAGCCUUCCAGUGGCUCUACAGCCCGCAGCAGCAUCGCAUUCUCAGCCGGGCCGACCUUGAGUCUCCCUCCAGGAUCGACAAGACCAUGCUGGCGAGCCUGAAGGUCAAGAAGCAGGAGCUGGCCAACAGCUCGGAUGUGACCCUCCCAGACCGGCCGCUGUCGCCUCCUCUCACCGCGCCUCCCACCAUGAAGUCGGCAGAGUUCUUCGAGAUGCUGGAGAAGAUGCAGGGGAUCAAGCUUGAAGAGCAGAAGCCGGGACCCCAGAAGAACAAGGACGACUACAUCCCGUACCCCAGCAUCGAUGAGGUUGUGGAGAAGGGAGGCCCGUACCCCCUGAUCGUCCUGCCCCAGUUUGGGGGCUAUUGGAUCGAGGACCCGGAGAACGUGAGCACGCCGACCUCCGUGGGCAGCAGCACUUGUGAGGAGGAGGAAGAGGACAGCCUCAGCCCCAGCACGUUUGGCUACAAGCUUGAGUGCAAGGGCGAAGCCAGGGCCUACCGCAGGCACUUCCUGGGGAAGGAUCAUCUCAACUUCUACUGUACCGGCAGCAGUCUGGGGAACUUGCUCCUGUCCAUCAAGUGCGAGGAGGCCGAAGGCACGGAGUACCUUCGGAUCAUUCUCAGGUCCAAAGUGAAGACGGUGCAUGAGCGGAUCCCCUUGGCCGGACUGAGCAAGUUGCCCAGCGUCCCUCAAAUUGCAAAGGCUUUCUGUGACGACGCAGUGGGGCUGAAAUUCAACCCUGUCCUGUACCCCAAGGCCUCUCAAAUGAUUGUGUCCUACGAUGAGCAUGACGUCAACAACACAUUCAAAUUUGGGGUCAUUUAUCAGAAAGCCCGGCAGACCGUGGAGGAGGAGCUGUUCGGGAACAAUGAGGAGAGCCCAGCUUUCAAGGAGUUCUUGGACCUGCUGGGGGACACGAUCACACUGCAGGACUUCAAAGGUUUCCGAGGAGGCCUGGACGUGACCCAUGGACAGACAGGGAUGGAAUCAGUGUACACGAUAUUCCGGGACAGGGAGAUCAUGUUUCAUGUCUCCACAAAACUGCCGUUUACCGAGGGAGAUACCCAGCAGCUCCAGAGAAAGAGACACAUUGGGAAUGACAUUGUGGCCAUCAUCUUCCAAGAAGAAAACACACCAUUUGUCCCAGAUAUGAUUGCGUCCAACUUCUUACAUGCCUACAUUGUCGUGCAGGCUGAGAACCUGGGCACGGAGAGCCCAUCCUACAAGGUCGCGGUCACCGCCAGGGAAGAUGUGCCUGCCUUCGGCCCACCUCUGCCCAGCCCCCCUGUUUUCCAGAAGGGCCCAGAGUUCAGGGAGUUUCUGCUCACCAAGCUCACCAACGCGGAGAACGCUUGCUGCAAGUCGGACAAGUUUGCGAAGCUGGAGGACCGGACGCGGGCAGCCCUCCUGGACAACCUUCAUGAUGAACUCCAUGCCCACACGCAGGCCAUGCUGGGACUGGGCCCAGAAGAGGACAAGUUUGAGAAUGGGGGCCACGGGGGAUUCCUGGAGUCUUUCAAGAGGGCCAUCCGUGUGCGCAGCCACUCCAUGGAGACCAUGGUGAGCAGCCAGAGGAAGCAGCACAGCGGGGGCAUCCCCGGCAGCCUCAGUGGGGGCAUCUCCCAUAACAGCAUGGAGGUCACCAAGACCACCUUCUCGCCUCCAGUGGCGGCGGCAACGGCGAAGAACCAGUCUCGGAGCCCCAUCAAGCGGAGGUCGGGGCUCUUCCCCCGUCUGCACACGGGAUCUGAAGGCCAAGGGGACAGCCGGACACGAUGUGACAGUGCAUCCAGCAACCCCAAGACCCCGGAUGGUGGACACUCUUCUCAGGAGAUAAAGUCUGAGACCUCAUCCAAUCCCAGCUCUCCAGAAAUCUGCCCCAACAAGGAGAAACCCUUCAUAAAAUUGAAGGAGAAUGGCCGAGCCAACAUCUCCCGCUCCUCCUCCAGCACCAGCAGCUUCAGCAGCACGGCAGGGGAGGGCGAGGCCAUGGAGGAGUGUGACAGUGGGAGCAGCCAGCCGUCCACAACCUCGCCCUUCAAGCAGGAGGUGUUUCUCUACAGCCCUUCCCCGAGCAGUGAGAGUCCCAGCCUGGGGGCAGCUGCCACCCCCAUCAUCAUGAGCCGGAGUCCCACAGAUGUCAAAAGCAGAAACUCCCCGAGGUCAAACCUGAAAUUCCGCUUUGAUAAGCUCAGCCAUGCCAGCUCCAGUGCGGGUCACUAAUGUGAAAGAGGAGUCCUUCGCCUGUCCGAGGGAAGCCCCGAUUCUGUCUCAGAGAAGGCUCCUAUUCCAGCAGUUUGGGGGUGCCAUCCACUACUCUGACCAUCACGGGCCUGCUUCUCCACUGGCCACCUGCCCACCAGAUCAGCUGUCUGUCCUAGUGUCCCACCUGGCUACCGGUAGCCUUGCCCAUCCCUGCCAGCACCUCCCCAUUCUGGACAAGGCCUCAUUCCUCCAGGCUCCCCCUGCUCCUGACCACCCUAUGUGAUGCGUGUCCGGGUCAUUUGUCAUCUUGUUUUAUCUGCAGGGGAAUGAUUUGGGCAUGGUGGUUUGGGGGGAUCUGUGCACCAGGGACUCAGUCAGGGACCAGAAAGGCAGGGAGGUGAGGUGGGCAUCAGAGGCCGACAGCAGGACAUGGCGCCCGGGGAGGGGCAGCACAGAGCCCUGGACACAGCAGGCAGGAGGCUGUAGCUGCAGUGAAUGUAUCUAGUGGAGGUGGAGGGAGGAACACUUUUCCAGGAGCCCAGGUUUAUAGCCAUCCUCUUGGGCAUCCUGGUAGAGAUUGGUUCUGCCGUUCCCAUGUGUGUGGAGCUCCCAAACAUCUGUUUGCUUCUGUGCUGGGAGCGUCUUACCCAUCUGCUGACAUCAGGCUCAGGCUACUCCUAUCCCUGCUGCCCAUGUGUCUUGAGCUGCCCGGCCGGUUGAAGCUGAGACCCGGCUGGGCAUAUGUGAGAGCGGGCGCCGCGCUCUUCCUGGGCGGCCUCAUUUCCCGCAGGCUCCGGAUGGGGUGGCUGCGGGAGAAGCUGUCCGUCUCUGAGCAGAUGCUUUUCCCACGGAGGCGUGGGCCGCCAGGAGUGGGAAGGGAUCCAGGAAGAGUGAGCAGCAGAGUACCAGGGGCCUGAGCUGAGGACAACCUCAGGGCCAAGGGCUGGGCUGGGCUCCAGGUCUCUGCUGGUUGUGGAGGUUUGUGGGAGGCAUAGUUCAUUCAGCCCCCAGCUCAGGUGGGAGCCCGAGACGCCAGGCGGGGGACGACGGGUCAGGUUGGUCAGGCUGCGUGUGCUGUCGAAUAUAGGUGAGGGGAAGGGUCGUGUCCUUCUGCAGUUUCCGUGCCUGGCCCAGUGCUGCCCGGGGGCUCUUUCCAGCUACCAAGCCCUUUGGUCAUAUCAGGCCUCCCCCCAGUCUUCCUCUUCCCCUUUCCAGCCACGGGUCUGUAGGCAGUUGUCACAUUGAAGGGAUUCCUGCAGCCUGGUCCCCAGCUGGGUACAGUUCAGACACCGCCUGUCACCUGCACCCUCAGCCAGAGCCCACCCUUGCUGGGCAGAGCUGGCUCGCUCUCUGAGAAGUGGCCCCCUCCUCCCUUCUCACCCAUCUGAGUCUGCAUUGCGAUGGGUCAUUUCUGCUGGACGGGCCGUGGUGGGGUUUAAGAGGGGAUGUUCUCCAAGUCAGACAGAGAGCAGACCCUUGAGGUGCUACAGCUUCAAGUGCAUGUGGGGCCUCACUGACACUGGGCUCCCAGGGUGACACAGGUUGGGCUCCUGCUUUAAUAAGCAGAUGACAGGGAUUGCCAACCAAAAGCUUUAUUUGCAUUGGGAGCUGGGCCCAUUCCCAAGUCAAGACAUACAAAUGUUACACUCGAUUUGACUGAUGUGACAAUUUCCCCGUUGCUUUUGCCAUUAAAGCAAAACCUUGAUCCUUUGUCCCCAACUCACAUGGACUUUGUGGGAUUCUAUUUGCAGGCUGGGUGGACGUCUCCCCUCAUACUAUCUGGGAAAUAUGUUUACUUAAAGUACUAGUCUGGUAAGAUGUAUUCUAGUUAGAAGGUCAACAAAUGUCUGUUCAGCUUUUAUUAAAAAUCCCCGUAGCAGCACCCACUGCUGGAGUGAGGCAGGCGGAUUCUGGGAGCGUUCUGUAGGCUGGGCUUCUGAAGGAGCUUGAAUGGUCAAACUGCAUUUCUUUAAAAUCCAUUCCAGGUUCUGGCUCGCUUCUCUGGGUAGCUGGUAUCCACGGCUGCCUGGUGGUUGUGCCGUGCUGUGUUUGUUGCGGUCUGGGCGUCCUCUGGGGUUUUCAGGUCGUCCCCACUCUGUCCUACUUGGGAACCUUGCACCCAGCUUCCCCUACUGCUCCUCCUGCAGCCCUACCUCCUGGGAGGGCUUUGUCCCCCUGCGUCUGAGCCAGUGGUCAGGAUGGCUGGGCGUGUCCAGAGAAACUGAGAGGCGUAGGUGUGCCCCCAAGAAAUAGACCUGAGAUUUGCUAAUGGGGUACUCUGGACAGGAUCUGAAAUGUCUCUGGGUCCUGCCUUGCUACCUUUAGAAGGGUCAUCCUGUGGCUUCCAGAGUGUACGUGACUGGCCCCCCUGAGGUCCCAGGGCUGAGGGGGAGAGCAAGGACAGGCCAGUUUCCCCUCACCCCCCAGACCAUGGGCCUGGCACCUCGGGUUCCCGGAGGCUGCUUCCUCCACACCCCUCUUGUAUCUGCUCUGUCUCCAAAUGUCUUUCCUUUAAUUGCUGCCCCCAGUCUUGGGGCUCCAAGGUUGCUCCAGCCUCAUUGGUCCUUGAGACUAGACUCAUCCUGGUGGUGCUCUUGCCAGGAUGUGAGACGUUCCCCAGGAUAAGAGUUGCCUGGACACGUCUCUGGCUCUGGGAACAGCCUGCCUCACAGAAGAAACUCUUCUUUUCAGGCUCUGUAUGGCACCCCUAUGCCUCUGCUCAGUCGAUGCUGAAAAACAGAUGCAGAAAGAGCUUGAGCUGGAAGGUCUUAGAGUUUCUGUCUAUGUUCCUGAAUGGGAAGUGGCGUUUUGGGGAAAAAAUAUUCUGUGGUUCAGCCUUGUUAGCCUCAUCUCCAUGUCCAAGACUUCCAGGCCCCUUUUUAACAUCUAAGCCAACCACGUCAUCUUCCAGAUGAGAAACUUCAGCCCCAGUGAAGGGAAAACAACUUGCUGGGGUCACACAGCCAGCUAGUGGCAAGGCUGGGAUGAGAACCCACAACCCAGGCCCUUUCUUUGGCACCAACAAUGGGGUUGGGGGAACAAGUGACUGCACUUCCCGGGACCUUGAGUUCUGGAGAAGCCAGUUCGCUGGUGCCUCGGCACUGGCUGGGAGGUGUCGGCCAGGGUGCUGGUGAGCCUCAGUUUCUGCUCUUUUCAUCAGGAGGGAUCCUCUCUGGGAUUUUUCAGUGAGGGCCCUGGGGUUUUGGAUGCAGCUCAGGCAAAGAAAACAAGGUGGGACAGAGAUCCCAGGGGACGGUUCCUCGGUGAUGUCAGUUCUUCUGUCUGUAAUGGGGGUGGAGGCCAGGGCGAAGGUGCAGUUACCCAGACUUUGGUUUUCCCUUCUUAAGUUAAGAAGAAAAGUAGUCAGAGAAAACUCAGACUCCCUGAUCUUUAAACAAAGGUGGCUAAUAAAAAUGCAGGCUCAAGGGAUGACAGCCCGUUUCACUUUCUUACCGUGACUGUUUAAGGUGCCAACUUAAACACUACCUUCAUUCAAUUCUGAGUCAACAGAGACGGGUCUGUUGUUGGGGAAUGGUCAGGGUUCAAGUAGAUCUUCUGGCUACCGGUGGCUGGCAAGGGCCCCACGGCUCCUCCCGCAGCCCCAGCUACCCCGCUGUCGGAGGCAGGGCAGGUCAGCAGUGGUCAGCAGUUUGCCAAGGCUGUGCCUGCAGCCUGGUGGGCCCAGUUGGGGCAUCCUGCCUGGCUCUGACAGCUGUUUUGCCAUCAGUUCCUUGCUGCUCCCUCCAGUCCCAUGUCUCCCUCCUUUCAGCUGGGCCACGUGCCCCUUUGGGACCCACACUAGCGCCAAGGACAUGGAGCCCUGCCUAGUGAGAGGCUGUUGGGGCAGAGGUGCUGUCCUGUGCCUUACCAGCCCAGGGAGAGGGUGUUUGGCUGGAAGACUGGAAUUUAAAUGCCGUCCUUUCUGAUUUUGUGUCAUCUCUGCUCAUCUGCAUGGGUGGCAGCUCUCCCCUGCCCUGGGCGUGGCCCUUCCACACUCCAGCCCGGGGAGGGCUGCCGUGUGAGUGUGAAGAGAGUCCCCUGUGUGAAAGAACCAGAGAAGUGUGGCUUGGAAACGAUGAUCUGUGUGAUGAUAACUUUGUCUUUCCCCUUCCCAGGGAGGUGAUUCAUGGACCCUGGACCGCCUCUGUAAUGUAAAUAGUGUACAUUUAAUUUAUUGCUAUGGUAGCACAUUGUAUUUGUUAAUGUAUAAAACAAAUUCUAAAAGGUCGACAAAUGUAUAUUUUGUUGCUUCAAUGUGUCUUUGCAGAGAUUGACAAUAAAUAAGAUAUUUUGUGUCCAUCA